UGCUCUCCGUGACUCUGCUUCAGUCGCUCCAAGCCGCUGGUGAGGCGGCAGCAGGUCAGUGUCUCGCCGCGUCUCCGCUCAUUUAUCGCGGAUCUUCUGGUGCUGCAGCGCUGAGCAUCAUUGGAUCUACCGGGACAAACUCCUGAGAGACCCGGGACCGACUUACCGGAUUAUCAGAGUAGCUUCCCUGCAGGAGCGCCGUUAAACCACCGGUUGAUUCUGUUGCUCCAGGUGAGCCUCCAGGUGUUUCCUCUCCGCCGACCCGCCGCUCAGCACCAUGUUCCCGCAGAGACCCUGAGCUCCCAGCGGUCUCUCUGCAGGAGGUCAUGCUGCUGUCCGGCUCCUCCCGGAGGGACCCCGGGGGCCGCGGCAGAGCGGCGGCGGCUGCGGACUCGGACGCUGCGGAGCGGCAGCGGUCGGUCCGGGAGCGGCUGGAGGCCACCGUGUCCGGCCUCGGGGAGCUGGACUUCCUGCGGCAGCGGCAGGAGCUGCUGGUCCGGGCGGCGCUGGAGGAGGAGGAUGAGCGGCGGCGGAGGGAGCUGAGCUCCGAGGAGAAGCUGCUGGAGGAAAAUAUCCUGCUGCUUCGGAAACAGCUGAACUGUCUGAGGAGGAGGGACGCUGGACUCAUCAGCCAGUUACAGGAACUGGACCGACAGAUCAGCGACCUGCGAUUGGACACUGAGGCGUCACAUGACCAGCUGGAGACGGACAGCAGACCCAGUUCAGGUUUCUACGAGCUGAGUGACGGAGCGUCCGGUUCGUUGUCCAACUCGUCCAACUCGGUCUUCAGCGAGUGUUUCUGCUCGACAGCCGACACUGACGGACGCCUCCCCUCCACAGAUGAGCUGGCCGGCUGUUUGGAGUGCGACGGGCUGCUGGGAGGACUCUGCGAUGAUUUGUCCUCCUCAGCUACAGUCCGCCGCUCGCUGUCGGCUCCUCAGCCCACCGUGGACGCCGACGCCCAGUCCAAGUAUCACUGCGACCUGGUGGCCAGAAACGGCAGCGACGUCUACCGCUACCCGAGCCCGCUGCACGCCGUGGCCGUCCAAAGCCCCGCCUUCCUGCAGGUGUUGGGUCACGGCAGAGACGAGGCUGGAGGUGAAGGUCUGAAAACAGAAACCUGCCCUCCUCCUGUUUCAGCUCCUCCGGUACCACAGAGCUCCUCCUGGCCCGCCUCCUUCUCCCAGACUCCUCCCCUGAGGCGACUUGACAGCUACAUCUUCAGUCUGCUGCAGCGCCGAGCCCAACCCAUCAGAACCAGCCGGCCCAGAACCAGCAUCAGCACCGACCCCUCCAAGAGCAUCCUGAGGCAGGCCAGUCUCUGCAUAAGGCAGGUGUCGAAUCCUGGUUCUAGUUCUGGUUCUGGUUUAGGGUCUGAAGUUAAACCCUGCUGGCCGACUGGAGGAGCAUCAGGAGACUUUGCUGCUUCGUCUCCUCAGAGGUCUGUGGAGGUUAAAGGUGACGAACAGGAGCCUCCGAGUGUCGACGUGAUGCCAAACGGCUUCCAGAUCAGCAGUAAUGACACCGCCUCCCCUCGCACCAAUAAGGACAUGAACACGAGCAGCCUCCUGAGGACGAAGAGCAAAGGGCUUCUUCCUCAAGCAGCAGCAUCCACGGCGACGCUGCCCAAAGACUUCAGGGGACUGAGCACGCCCAGAGCUAACUCCUCCCCCAAGCAGCCAUGUUGCCCCCCAGCGCAGGAGCUGCUACCUCUGAUCAAUAAAACCCAGGCAGGUACUCCGAAGAACAACCCCAGACCAGAGGCAGGUGAGCAGCAGGUGGCGGAGCUCGCUAGUCUGGGCUCCUCCUCCCAGAGUCCGGAUGAAGCAGCAGGAAGUCACCUGGUUAACAGCAGGUACGUCCCCGCCCAGCAGCACGCCAUCAAGGUCCGCAAGGGAGGAAGCAAGAACGUCAAGACGGUCAAGGUGAAGACGAGUCGGACGUCUGAGCGCAGCGAUCUGCCGUCAGAGAGAAGAGCUGAUAAAUCCCAGCGCUCUAAAAAGCCCCGCCUCCUGGACGAUGGAGGCUCCACCCACAUUAAGGUCUCCAAGAGAGGCGCUUCGUCCAGAAUGAAAUGCCUCCCUGCAUCCAUCCCAGAGGGACGAGUGCUGGACAGACAUACCGGCAGCGUACGAUCCGGUUCAUCCAAGCACCAUCACCAUGGAAACCACCACCACUACAGCAGUAACCACCACCAUCAUCAUCAUCACCACCAUCAUCACAACGGACGCGACCAAGUCGUGGUCGUCGCCAAGCCAAAACACAAGCGCAAUGAUUACCGGCGGUUACGUGCGAUCAUGGAGAUGCCAUAUGACGAGGCGUUCAGGCGCGCUCAACGGCGGCAAAGAAAGGAGCUGCUCAGCAUCUCUGCUGCCAACGGUUACCCCAGCAGUCCGUACGCUUACGCUGCAGGAAGCGACUCAGAGUACUCAGCCGAAUGCGCAUCGUUGUUUCACUCCACCAUCGUGGAGACCAGUGAGGACGAGCGGUCCAACUACACCAUGAACUGCUUCGGAGAUAGCGAGUCCAGCGAGGAGGAGGAUGUGGAGGAGAGCACGGCCACCAGCGACACUGAGGAGAGCGGCGGCGGCGGGAUGGGCAGGGGGCGGGGCCAAUUAGGGGCGGCCGGCGUCAGGGCAGCGGGGCAGGAGGCGACUCAGGCGAAGGCCUUCGUCAAGAUCAAAGCGUCUCACAACCUGAAGAAGAAGAUCCUGAGGUUCAGGUCGGGGUCGCUGAAGCUCAUGACCACCGUCUGACUGUCAGGAACCUUAAAGCCGCUCUGCCGAUACACCUGAACCAGCAACGCUUUCCAUGAUGACAUUUCAACCAAACCUCUUCAGCUCGAACCACGAAUCCACAACCAGUCAUCCACUGAAUGUGGUGCUUCUUUACCUGGUUAAAAACAAACUCACCUGAUGGAACCUUGCUUCAUGUCUUUACCCUGGAGCCCUUCAAACUGCAGUCGAGUCCAUCUGAACCACCCAGUGUUCUGUUUGUUCCUCACUGUGACAUUCAAAUGCUAAAAACCAAACUUGUAAACUUACCUUUGCGUGGAUUUGUUGGAAUUUUCAGUUUGUAAAUCUGAGGAUGCAGUUUAACCCGUUGAGCCCCAAACAGUUUUGUUUCUCUCGUCACAUUUCUCCUCACUGUGGUUCAUUUUUCACUGCAAAGUUGUCGAGUUGUUUCUUUCUACUCUCUUCAUCAGCUGUAGAAAGGUGUUUUCCAUGCUGAAUGGAUCUCCAACAACUUGCUCCUCUGUUCACUGUUUCUGACUUUAUUGUAUUGAUCCAGUAUUUUUUAUUGUCCUCUCAGUCUUUCUGUGGAAACACUGCCUGCAGUUCAACCUGAAAAGCCUUGACAGUUUCUGUCUGAUAAAUGAAAUCUUUUGGCAGUUUUGUGAAGACAACCUGCCUUUCAUGGGGUUCAGAGGGUUGAAGCUGAAACGGUUAAUAGCACUGGGUUGUUCUCAUGGACUCUGUGGGUAAACACACCUUAAAGGCGCCAUAAUAAUACUCAUAAGUUCCAAUGUUCCAAACCCAGUUCAGAAUAUGAAACAAAUCAACAUGUUUGCCUGAACAGUAACAUUCAUCACUUUAAAAUUUUAAAUCAGUGGUUUUAUCCGUUUCCAGCAAACUGUAUCUCUGAGAGUCCCACAAGCGCAGCAUAAGAUGCUUUUUGUAAAGACGGGAAGGUUUGGCGUUACGGUUUAGCCAAUCAAAUUGGUCUCUCCACUUCCCUCUUUCUUUCCUGGUCAUCAAGUGCCUUGGCCAACAAACCUGGAACCAGUCUGCUUCAAACAAACGUUGUCCAACUGAGCGUAGAAGUGUCCUCCUGGAUAAACCUCCUGAGGGGUUACAGGCCCCACAUUUAUCUCCACUGACCAGAAACCAAGUGGGGAUUUACAGCUGGAGUGAUUCAUCGAUGACCAAACAGCUGAUUAGAUGAGUCAUUCCUAAUGUUCCUCUGGCAGCAGCUCCUCCGAUGUUUCCCAGUGUUCAGUGAUAGCAUGUUGUUGACCAAAGCUCUUUGAAUAUGUGAAUAUAUGAACAAGCUAUCCCAAUAAACCCUUAAAACUGGAUUCCAGCACAAAGAUCCUCUGUACGAGAUGGAGUAGACUCAGUAAUGCAAAUUUCAAAUAAAUUUGCUAGUAAUCAAAUGAAGUAGAACCAAAUGAUGUGGGGUAAAUCCCACUUUGGUUGUGCCUGGUUUGCACCACUGAAGGAUAUUAAAAACCAGAAUGGAUGCUGGAUUUCAGAUGAACUUGCUCACAUCUUUAAACAAAUGUGUUGCGUUCAGAAUCACAAACUAAUGCAUCUGUUGUACGGCAAACUGGACUUGGUUCAUGUCCCAGUACAGUAGCUGGUGUUUUUUUAAAUCCAACUCACAGGUUCACUUCACUUGGUUUAGUAUCUAAACAUUAAAUAAUACAAAUAGAACAUGUCGUAGAUUUGUGGACAGUUGGAACACCGCCUAUUUUCACUCCUUGGCUGUUGGGAAUUCAUCAUCAAAAAGGAGAUUUUCAGAUGCUGAAAUUUGUUUGAAGCACACUGAGGCUUUCAGGAUUGUUGCCGGACUCUGUUUUUUGGUCUCUGGUAGAAGUGGACCUUCAGUCGGGUUCCUCAGAGAGUUUGUUUCUUUAUACUGAAGCUUCUACAGAUAUUUCUGAACCCAAGUUUCCAGCAAGAGUCCCAGAACUUUUAUUUUCUGGAGUAAGUUGGUGUCUUUCCACUGCAGGAACCUGGACGAAGUGUUGCGAAAGUUUACAGAAGUGGCCACAUGACCGGCCCUUUCAGUUUUACUGGUUCCAACCACUUCAACCGAGAUGUUAACUCUGAGUGCAUCCAAACAACAACCAAUAGCAGCUAGUAAAGUUAACUCCAGAAAACUGCCUGAAGGAGGUUCUACGGAGGUUCAGUUCUUGCAGUCAGAACAUACUCAAAGGUUCAGGCUUCGAUAAAACGGUUCCUAAAAAAGUUCCUGCAGUGGAAAACAACUGAAUGUCAGAAAAUAUCGAAGAAACUAAAGGUUCCUUCAGUCUGUGUUACCUUCGUGCUGUGAAGCCUUGUGGCAAUUUGGUGAAUUAGUUUACAAAUUAAAGAGUGAUGCCAUUCUGGAUGACGACAGCUAAUGAAAUUUUAAGGUGGACCUCAGAUUCCUUCUCAACCGUUAAGGCAUGGACUUUGUUGUUGUGUCAAAGCUCAAUGAGCAAAAACCAAAUAAACCUGUUCGCAGCUGCAGGUUUUUAAAAAUGUUGAUUGCGAUGCUGGAAGACCGUUACAGUGCUCGACUAAACUGAAAGUUUUGGAAGACGUUCCUCUGUUAAGGUUUCGUCUGGUUCCUUCGAUGGAAACACUGGUUCCUUGGGCGGUUGUUCAGUUGGAGUCGGUUGGAGGGUUUUGGUCGGAUCUCGCUGCAGUAAUCUUUUUAUUUCCUGCACUUUGAGACAAACCGACAGGACGGACUGUGUGACGCUGUUAAUCUGUUGUUUGUAUGUAGCCUUAUUUUGUAUUUAUUAUCACUUGCCUUUUGCUGUUUCCCAGCACGCCAAACGUGUAAAUGCUUCUCUUGUUUUUAGACAGUCCUGAUUUAAGUUGUUAUAUUUGAUGAAAGCUAUUUAAAACCUAAUAUAUUUGCUUGGUACAUAUAGAAAACCACACAUGGUACUAAUUAACCGACAGCCGGUGGAGGCCGACUGGUCUUCACUUGCCUUUUAUUUACAUAAGUAUGACAUGUCUUUUUUUAAAUACUGUUGCACCAUUUAUACAGCAUUUAGAUGUUCAAACUUAUGGUACAGUUUGCUCUUUUACUGUCAGAUCAGUGGAACAAUGAGGUGUUUCCCUAAUAUAAAAUUGAAAAUGCAGUAGAUGGUUUUCCUAGUUUUAAACAGGGUUGAUGCUUUUGCUGCAGCAUGAACUCAUUUUGAAAAAAAAACUUUUGAAACUUUUGCAAAGCGCAGUCUGACUAUGAAAAACUACCAACAAAGUUUAGUCCAUUCCCAACUUCAACUUAAAUAAUGCAAGAAAGAGUCCAAAUGUUUGUAAAAUUCAAACUAUCCUCUCUACUUGGUUGUAUCAGAUGGGUAUCAACUUAUUCUCAUCCACUACAGAACAACUGCAGGUCUGUUUAGCCUAGCUUAGCACAAAUUCUGGAAGUGAGUUGAAACCGCAAGGGAGCAAAAACACUAACACUGCCAAUUUUAGCUUUAAAUGUCUUUUGUUAGAUGUAUAAAGCUACACAUACUCAGUUGACUUCAGAUAGCUAGCAUCAAAUGUCAAAUGGUAGCUGUUAGAGGCUAACUGUCAUGCUACCAGGUGGUUUUUAGCGCCCUGGAAACAGGAUAGAAACUGCUAGCAUGACAUCAGAUUGAGAUAGUUUAGCUAAAGCUGAAUGUUUGGGCAAAGGGUUGAUGUUAAACUUACUAGUUGGGAUAAAGCGUCAUUCACCUACAGACAGGCUUCAGACAGUUAUCAUAAAAUGUUAUGGUGGUUGUUACCAGCGAAAUGUUUUGAUACCAGGACAUUUAUAAACUAGUUUAGAAUGGAAAUGGAGUGAAAAUGCUAGCUUAGCUCUACUGAAUAUGAUACAGAGUUUAUACUGAAAAUAAAAAGAAACUGACAGAUACCAGUAUCCGUUCAGUCUGGUUUGGUUCAGGGUUUAAUCAGGUUGAAAGUGUUGGAGUUACACGAACUAGUUAGCAUAUAGCACCAGCUACUAAAUAUGAAAUGUAAUCGUAGUGGUUUCUAGCUAACUGUUGUGAUGCAAAGAUUGAAUGGAAAUGAAGGAAACUGAAAUGAUGAUGAAGUUUAAGUUGUAUGAGUUGGAUCCAGGAUGUGUUUUGCUUAGUUUAGCAGAAAACAGGGACCAAGUGUUGAUGUUUUACUAUUUAGUGUGUAGCUACAGCUACUUUGGGCAGUUAGCAUCUAACAGUGUUGAAGUUUGCUACCUCUUGUAAUAGCAGGAUGAUUUUAGCCUGCAUCUGCACAAAGACUGUAAAUGGAGGGGGAAGUGCUAGCUUGAUUGAACAUAAUGAGUUUUUACUGAAAAGAAAAAGAAAGAUUCCUUUUAAGCAGCUCUUUGGCAACAGCUGGAAGAAAAGGCUUUCUUUUAAAGGUAGAAACCUCCAGCAGAGCCAGGUUUAGGGAGGGCAGACAUCUGCCUCAACCAGUUAGGGUGAGGGUAUGGGCAUGUUUAGCCUUGCUCCAACAAAUAAGAAAUCAGUCUUUUAGGAAACAUUGUCUGGUUUAAAACACAGUGAAAUAGAAAUAUAAGAAUGAGACACAGUGGGUCUGCAUUAGUCAGCCAGCUAACAUGUUAGCAUCCCUAAGCUAACACAAGUGUACACAUUAGCAGCUGAAGUCUGUGAGGUAGGAGUUUUGGAAGUCAAUUAAACUAGCUUUGAACUGUCAGAACACAAUUAGUGUAUAAUUUAUUCACUAAAAUUAGCAUUAGCUUGCUAACUUUUGCUAACUUUUUAACUUGUAGAUGACGCCAGCUCUUACUCUUUGUGCUAAGUUAUGUUAACUAUGUCCAAGACCUGCUGUAUCUUUACUGGACACAGAUUCUGAUAUCCAGCUUUUGAUUCAGGAUGACACUAAACAAGAGGAUUUCCUUGAAUGUGAGGAUUUUACAUUUUAACUGCAAAAGUUUUACAGACGCCCUUGUUGGUGUUUAUUGAGCGAGCCUUAAAAUUACCAUUUUUGGAACCUCUAUAACUUCAUUGUUCUGGUCUAUUCUGGUCUGAGUUUACACGUUCCAGAUAUAAAUAGCUCCCGUGAAGCUUUAAAAAGCCACAGAAAGCUCCUUUACAGCUGUCGCAUGCCGCCUUUCUGUUGAGCUAUUUUUAAUUUUGUUUGACUUUGAGUUUUUUUCCGCUGCUGACACAGUUUGGAUUUAAAUCUGAGGCCCCAGCUCUGAGUGUUAAACAGCCACAAACCUAUAAACCAAAAGCAAAACUCGACUCCUCCUGAGGUCUGACCACUGAUACUGAUCCAACUCUGUAAAUGUUCACAUAUGCAACUAUAAAUGACUGUUACUGAUGUGUGUAUAUAUCAUGUCUGUGUAUGCCAAUAAUGGUGCUUAACCUUUUUAUGCUUCAUUAAAUGUGGACUUUAACAUAGAA